AGAUGAAGUAAAUACACCAAAGGAGAUGAAUGACAACGUGGCUUAUGAGAUGAUUCAAAGUGGAGAUAGAGCGUACACAACAUUACAACUCGAUUCAUCCCACUCUUUCGUCAUCGCUCGUGAAAACGUGACAUUCUUCACCAGACUUGGCUCGAUUGGACGGGGUGACUUCGGCGAGGUGUGGAAGGGAGACCUCCGCUCAAACCAAAACCAUAUCGACGUUGCUAUCAGGCAAAUUCCAGAUCGCGUGAUAAAAUCAUUACAAGUACUUCAAACAAUCAAGAUACUUUACCAGCUAUCGGAUCAACCGAAUAUUGUCAAAUGUCUCGGAUAUUGUAAGGAGCAAGGCAGUAUUCUGUACGAGUUCAUAUCAGGGGGUACACUCCUUACCCAUCUACAGACUUCAGGGGUGCAAUCGCGACCCACGUACAGCAAUCUCAAACCAAACGGUGUUCGUACAGAUGAGGGUACCCUACUUAACUUGGCUUGGCAGGUUGCUAAAGGGAUGCAGUUCCUUGCAUCUAAGAAGAUCAUCCAUGGAGCUCUCUGCGCUCACAACGUGUUGCUUGGAGAAAGAAAGCAAUGCAAGAUAUCAGAAUAUGGACUUUCUUCAUCGCUCUUUGGUGACGUAGCUAAACCAACCAGAUGGAGUUCACCAGAAAUCAUGGCAACGAAUGACCAAACUAAAGAAGGAGACAUCUGGUCUUUUGGUAUUGUCUUGUGGGAAAUAGUGACACUGGGUGCAAGGCCAUACCCUAAAAUGACCUUUACCACUGUCCAGACGGAGGUUGCCAAGGGUUACCAGAUGCAACGCCCUCGUCACUGUGCGCAAGAAGUGUAUGCGAUUAUGAGUACUUGCUGGAAGAAGGACCCUACAUCUAGGACCAACUUUGACCGAAUCCUGGAGGAUUUGGAAAGGAUUCUAGAAAAGACUCAUAGCUACCUGUCACUUAAUGACCUGGAUGAACGGGUGUAUGCGUCUACCCUGGACUUGUAAAUUACAGAGCAUCUUUUAAUAAGGCGUCAGGAUUAUAUGCUUAAUAUGCGUCUUAUAUCAGAGGUAAAAGCGUGUCUUAUCUCCGAGGUAAAUUCAUACAAGUUCAAAUAUUGUGGGCGGAGUAGAAUCCAAUGAGCGACGGGGAAAAUCUCAUAGUCAUAUCUGCGAAUAUUUAAAAGGUGUCGGUUUCAUGUAUUAAGCAAUAUAAAUAAGCGGAAUAAUAUCUUUACUAGGUAGGAGGUCAAACUUAACGUCGUGAUCGCAUUGGUCGUAAAAAUUGAUAUUACAAGUAGUUUGGGUUUUAUUAGAAGGGUAUUCCUAAAAAUAUGGGCUUGUAAAUACUCUUGGAAUUUUUAAUAAAACAAGACAUUUACGUGGUAUUUGUAUUAGCGAAGACAUUUACGUGAUAUUUGUAUUAGCCCUAAAGGGACUGGUGGUCAAAAUGACUUGUUUUCAUACUUUGUGUACAAAAUCUAUGGGAGAUGAAAUUCAUAAAAGGGUGAUUAUUGUUCGUUCUACAUGGUCUGCCUAAUUGUUGUAGGGUUUAAUUUGGUUGUUAAAUGGAUUGUAAUAAUUUCCAAUAAUAUAACAAUGGAAAACACAAGAUAAAAACAUAAAAUACAGAAUAAAUUCUAAAAACAAAAAAAUACAUAAGGAAAAUAUUGGCUUUCGCAAUUUUUCUUUGUGGAAACCUUUGAAUUAGAUUACAAUGAUGACAUCAGGAAUAAAAAGAGAAUAUUUGAAGUUGAAUUGGGUGUUGAAUAUGCGAGUAAUGUUUUUCAUAAAUAAAUGUUCAUAGUUUAUUCAUAAUAAAUCAAAAAAAUAAUUAUUUUCAGAUUUUGGGGGAUACUGAAUUGAAGUUUUAUGAUAAAGAACGUACAUUCCAAAUUUCGGCGCAUUCCCCCAAUCAUCAAUACAUUUUUCAAAUAGCCCGGUCCUUUUAGGGAUAAUGAUAUUACAAAGUAGAUCAUCUUAAGUUUUUAGUAUUAGUUGUUAGUUUUAGUUUGAAGUUCUUAGGUUUCACAGUAAACGAACAUCUAAAUUCUUAUACUUCUGCAAUAUCUAAGUCAGUAUCAAGAGGUGUUGGUCGGACGGAAUGAUAUUUUGCUAAAUUUUGUACUCGAAUCGAUUUAUAAUACUUUUUUUUACUACAUCUAAGAUAUUAUAAUCAUAUAGGGGUCAUACUUAUUAAUCCCAUCUUAAACACUUUUGUGCAGGCCAAACUCCAGAAAGAAGCAGUAAGAAUUAUAAUCAAGUCAAAUUAUUACUCAACAAGUGCUUCUCGUUUUCUAUCACAAAUUAUUGUAGCAUUAGUUGACUUAGCAUCUAAUACUUAAAUUUGCAUGCUUUCCAGCCAUUUGAAAGUGUAAUCAAAACUGCAACCCUAGGUGUUCAAUUUGAAAUUUAGGGGUGCAGUUUUGAACUUGCAGGGUGCAAAAAUGAACCCCAAUCGCAGGGUUCAAUUUUUUAACCCCAAAUCAGGGGUGCAAUUUUUGAACCCAUAGGCAGUGGCGUAACAGGCGGGGGGGCAGGGGGGGCAAGUUGCCCCCCCUGGCGGAUUUCACCGGGAAAAUAAAAGAAAAACGGGAAAAAGAAAAAAAAAGAGGGAGAAAGAAAGGGAAAGGGGAAGGAAAGGGG